GCCGGAUUUUGGGCGCCGACUUCGUCGGCAUCUGUUCGCCACCAACUCAAUUAUGGCAUCACCGACAUGGGGAUGGUCGGCGUACGCGAUGUCUUCGUCGUGGCUCCUACAAUACCGCCGUCACAUCACGAACCCAUGCUCUUCUCCGGCGAGCACCCCAUCAUCCCUCUCCUUGCAGCUGCCCCUUGUCACGGCCAGCCCACACCCUCCCAAAACCCUAACCCUAAUUCCUCCGGUAUACUCUCCGUAUCCAGUGGCUCCCCCACCUGCCAGGACUGCGGCAACCAAGCCAAAAAGGAUUGCACCCAUCGGCGAUGCAGAACUUGCUGUAAAAGCCGCGGUUUUGAAUGUUCCACGCACAUAAAAAGCACGUGGGUCCCUGCUGCUCGCCGCCGGGAGCGUCAGCUGUCAGGCACCACCGCUUGUGCCGCCGCGUUCGCCGGAUCUUCAACCUCGACAUCCGCCCCCAAAAAACCCCGCCUUAUUUCCUCCCAAACCACCACUACUUCCCACACUUCUACCUCCAACACCCCACCUCGCAGCUUCGACACCAGCUCUAGCCACCAAGAAGCCAGUUUCCGCGAGCAUCUCCCCGGCCACGUGCGAGCGCCGGCGGUGUUCAAGUGCGUGAGAGUAACAUCAGUCGACGAUGGGGAAGACGAAUACGCUUACCAAGCUGUUGUGAACAUCGGCGGACAUGUGUUCAAAGGAUUUUUGUAUGACCAAGGGGUUGAUGAUGGGCGUGGUGACUUCACCGAAUCUUCCCCCAUGACCGGCGGUAGUAACAAUAACGCUGUUCCCAACCUAUCGGAGCUUCAUCUCGGCGCUGGUCGGAGCGGCGGCGCUUCUUCGUCUCUUCCCUCUGACGUUUACAGCGGCGGCGGCGGUAUGCUCGGCGGUGCAACUUAUGGUAAUGCAAUAAACUGAUCUUAUGUCUCUUCCCUCUCCUUCUUCGGUUUACUAUUUAUCUGCUGUAUUAGGUAUUGAAAUGCAAAGCGGACAACGCAAGUUUGCCAUAUUUUACAUUAUUAUUAUUGUUGUGUACGCAUAAUUAUAUGACUUCUCUCCGUUACGCUGCCUGCUAUUAUUAUUUCAAGUU